AUGUCUAACACUACCGCCUACUUCGAUGUCCAGUACCAGCCCGCUGGUGCCCCUGCCCCCAUCACUGGACGCAUCAACUUCAACCUCUUCGAGGCUGAUGUCCCUAAGACCGCCCGCAACUUCCGCGAGCUCUGCAACGCACCCCAGGGUGAGGGCUACAAGGGCUCUGCUUUCCACCGUGUGAUCCCCCAGUUCAUGCUCCAGGGUGGUGACUUCACCCGCGGUAACGGUACCGGUGGUCGCUCCAUCUACGGCGAGAAGUUCCCCGAUGAGAACUUCAAGUUCAAGCACACCAAGCCCGGUCUCCUCUCCAUGGCCAACGCUGGCCCCAACACCAACGGCUCCCAGUUCUUCAUCACUACCGUUGUCACCUCGUGGCUCGACGGCAAGCACGUCGUCUUCGGCGAGGUCGCUGACGAGGAGUCCAUGAACGUUGUCAAGGCCAUCGAGGCUCUCGGCAGCUCUUCCGGCUCCAUCCGCUCCGCUACCAAGCCCACCAUUGUCGGCUGUGGUGGCCAGUAA